AUGCUGUUUACCUGCAAAUUCUGCAUCAGGAGCAAUCUGUCAGCAUACAACGAUCUUCUCUACUGUCCAAAAUGCAAAAUUUAUCUAAAAGAAAAGGACGGCCGCCUUUUUUACCACUACGUGCCAUCGAAGAUAGAUGGCACCUUCCGCUCGCUGAGCGAUCUUUUGUGUGCGAAAUGCAGGACGAUGAACACCACGAUAACAUGCACAAAUUUUGAUGAUUUUUAUAAAAAGGUACAAUAUUGCGAUAUGUGCAAGGUUAGGGGGUAUAUGGUGCUGCGCAACAAUUUCUAUAAAAACUUGCCAUUGUGCCACAUGGUAAGACGGAAGUACAAGCUGCUGUCAUACGUAAUUAUAACACUUUUGAUGUUGAUAAUGUAUCAGUAUGCGCUGUCCAGGAACUUAAUUGUGUUCGUUGAUGAAGUAUACACGCAUAGGUUCAGUUUUCUGAAACUCGGGACAAAACUUGCGGUUUACUGGGCCCUGCGCGAUCACAGCAACAUAAGAUUGUUCGUUCUUAUGGGCUGGGCAUGGUGUAGCAUGUUCUGUAAAUAUGAAAGCGUGUUUGUUGUGCGAAUAUCGAGCGGUCUGAUAGAUGAUGGUUUUAUUGAUAGAUUUCACCGUUUACAAAUAGGUUAUUGA